UAUGGAUGACUCCAUUCUCGCUCUCCUCACUUCAGUGGUCAGGGCGUCUUGUUUUUACUAGAUACCUUGAGAAGUUCAUUGUAUUUAUUUCCGCCCACGUAGUCGCAAAGGUUAAAAUACCAUGCAUAUGAGCGAGUGAAAGGUGCCCAUUAAGAGUAAAUAUUUUAUGGAUGGUCAGGACCAGAUGGAGAUGAAAUUCGGCGGCAGUGAAGUCGGCGGAUUAGAGCUCUGCAUUGUCUGUGGUGAUAGAGCAUCUGGGAGGCACUAUGGAGCCAUCAGCUGUGAAGGUUGCAAAGGCUUCUUCAAACGGAGCAUCCGCAAGAAGCUGGGCUACCAGUGCCGGGGCAGCAUGAACUGUGAGGUGACCAAGCACCACCGGAACCGCUGCCAGUACUGCAGGCUGCAGAAAUGCCUCGCCUGCGGGAUGCGAAGUGACUCGGUUCAGCAUGAGAGGAAGCCGAUCGUGGACAAGGUGAAGCCAGAGCGCGGCGACGGUCUCCACGAGCGGCAGGCGUACAGCAAGCUGCUGGGAUUGGCUGGCCAGCAGGGACAGAUAAAUCCAAAGGAGGAGCCGAGCGAAUUCGGCGCGGUGUCGCCCGCCGCGCCCGCGAUCAACUUCGCGCUCGCCGCCGCCGUAGCCUUUAACAAGGGGAACCCAGUGCCUAGUUACCUGGGCGCGGGCGACAUGGAAGGCGCGCGCCGCCAGCAGCUGCUCCUGCAGACUCAACUCGCCAAGAACCUCUUCAAGAUGGGACAAUUCGGAGCCAUCAACGAAUACUUACAGUCCGCGUACGCGGCCCCGGAGGCGCCGCUCGCGCCGCAAGCAGACGCUCCGCAGCCCGAAGUGGUGGACCCGUCAGCGGUCCUCUCAACCCCAGAAUCCCUGACACUACACAUGACACUACCUGGAGGUGCCCCGCCUCAUCUAAGACUGCAUGCUGUGUGUGAAGCGGGGGCUAGAUUGUUGGCAGCCAUUAGCCGUUGGUUACUGGCUAUACCCGCUGCGAGGGCUUUACCAUUCGAGAUCCAAGUGACCUUGCUCAAGAAAUGCUGGCCUGAGCUAUUCGUACUAGGACUAGCCAAGUUGUCGUCCGCAUUGCAGCUGACUGCAUUACUGCCGCAGAUGGUCGCGCACCUGCAGGCCGUGCUGCGCGAGCGAGCCGGCAAUACUGAGUGCGAGCGAGAACGCGGCGCCGAGAUUACCACAGCGGACUAUUCAGACGAGCGAGUGUCCGAAGUGAGCAGCAUGCUGACUCGCUUGCAACAAUACAUCGGCAAUAUGGAGCAGCUGCGUGUGAGCGAGAGGGAACAUGCGCAUCUCCGAGCGCUGUGCCUGUUUUCACCAGACGGCGCCCCGGACUUCCUGAGCAAGAAGCUCCGCGAGCUGCAGGGCUCCGCGCUGCGCUCGCUGCGCGCGCUCUGCUCCGCGGACGAAGAGCGCUGCGCCACGCUGCUGCUGCAGCUGCCCGUGCUGCGCGCCUUCCCGGGGCCCUUCCUCGAGGACGUGUUCUUUGUGGGAUUCGUCGGUGACGUCAGCAUCGACGACGUCGUGCCGUACCUGCUCAACGCCGAGCGCUGA